GAAAGCUGUGCUUGUUUUCCUGGUUAGCGUUGAAUGACGGCGUGCUUCAGCAAUGGAGGGUGAAGCUGUGAAAGCGAUCCUGUUUGAUUUGGACAACACGCUCGUGGACACGAGUCGAGCCGGCGAGGUGGCGCUAAAGAAGACUGGGGAGCUUCUGAAGUCCAAACUGAACCUGGACGACGACACAAUCCGCAGCAUUUGUGAUAAAUUCAAGCUGAAGCUGCUGUGCGAGAGCCCCGAUCGGCCGCCUGGCACCUCCCAGGACGACAUCCGCAUGUGCCACUGGACGGAAAGCAUCGCAGAGACUACAGGAAGCAGCGCCGCAUCCGAUCUGGCUUCUCAGUGCUACUAUUUGUGGAAGAACAGCCGGCUGGAGCUUCUGUGUCUGACCCCGGAAGUGCGCGACCUGCUGAGGCAGCUCCGCGGCCGGUACAAGCUGCUGCUGCUCACCAACGGCGACGCUCGGACUCAGAGGGAAAAGGUGGAGGCGGCCGAAUGCGAGGAGUUCUUCGACGCCGUGGUGAUCGCCGGAGAUCACGCCGAGCAGAAGCCGUUCCCGUCCAUCUUCCAGCUGUGCUUCAGCUUGCUGCAGGUGGAGGCGCAGGACUGCGUCAUGGUGGGCGACUCUCUGGACACGGACAUCCAGGGCGGGGUUAACGCCAAAGUUCGCGCCACGGUGUGGAUCCACAGAGCGGAUGGGUCUGAGCUGGACGGUCCGGUGAAACCAGACUACACUGUCCCGUCUGUUCUGGACCUGCCGGCCGUCCUGGCACAGCUGCAGUGAUGUGAAUGUGAACUGAUUGUUUUUAACCUCCAUAUGUUUACAAAUAUUUUCAGAUUUUAUCAACUUUUUGACACUGUUAAAUUUAAGACACUACAAUGAGUGAAGCGUGAAGGGGUGUGCAGAAGUUUACCUCCACAAAGUGGGCAUUAAAGUCAUUAACCUGAAGAUUUAAUUAUUUUAACAGUUUUUGUUCAAGGGUGGCGUGGUUAUACAACAUAAAUUAGUAAAUAAAUAAAAAAUAAAAAGUUUGUAAACCAUCCUUGAGAGAACUGGAAUAGUUCAUCGGAACUCGUUGAUUUCCAGGCAGAAACUCGGCUUUUAUAUGCUGGGUUUCCCUCAGUGUACGAUAAGCCUGGCG